UGCAAGAGAGGUGUGUUACCAGACACAUUAUUAAGAAAAAAAACCCGGAUGACGUAAUGGGUGUUUUUGCUAUAAGAUGAUGAAACCGAGAAUAAUAUCUCCAGUACACCUGGUUCGUUGUAAAUCUGCAGGUACAUAAUUAUGUUGACUGCUUCUCGGUUUUUUCUGCUCUUUUCGCUGGCUGUAGCCACUUUUCCUUACAAAGUCCCACGGCCAAAAAUCCGAGUUUUCUCAAGAGGGUUUAGUGUAUCAAUUCCCGACGAAGAGGGGGUGGAAACGUUCGCUUUCCACGGAAAUAUCAAUAAGGAAAUGGACGGCUUGGAGGCCGGACAGUUUUCCCAAGACAUAUUGAAGAAACGGGGAAAUCAGUGGGUCUUUGAGGAUGACCGCGUCAUACUAAAGCGCGGAGACAAGAUUUAUUUCUGGCUAUUCGUUAUUAAAGACAGGCUUGGAUAUCGCUACGAUAACGGGGUGUAUAUUGUCGAUGAUAUAGCUCUGGAACGUGAUCCGUCCUUCCUCUCCAAGCCUUCGCCCGCCUGGGUCUAUGAUGUAGAUCCCCCAAAUGCUGGAAAAAACUUUGAUCUUUUACCGAAAGAGUCGUCGUGCCAUUGCGAAAAACUACAGCAGGAAAAUCGAGUUUUAUCCGAGAUGCUUGUAGAUUUAAAAACUGUGAGGCUGUUGGGUAGGUCUACAGCGCAACACUACGCUACAGUCAAAGAUUUCGUGCAAAAUUGGCUCGCCUCCUCACUGUUAUUAACCGAUAUUAAGGUGGUUAGUGCUGAGGCACUUGCCGAGGAUUUAGUGAGUUUUACCGUGGACAGGAUCGAGGAUAAAGUGAGGAUUAUCAUGGCUGCCAAGGCCCAAUUAGGUGGUACAAGUUACAAGUUGUUUUAAGAAAAUAAUAGUCUAUGAUCCGGCAACAUUCAAAUCCUUGCCUUUCCCCAAUACAAGAUUUUCAAAAACUUGAGUAAAACAUUUUCUAGUCCAUGGUUUUUCAUGAUUAUUUCAGUAAAAGCUGAAGAGCAUUUCCAUGGAUCUUUUAAAACAUAAAUCAGGUCGAUCUGAGCAUUAGAUCUGGAGUUAUGAGACAAUUUACCUGGCUUUCUUCAUUACUUCAAGACAAGAUUUUCAAAAAAUUGAACUAAACAUUUUUUAGUGCUUGGAUUUUUAUGAUUCUUUUAAUAAAAGCUAAAGAACAUUUCCAAGGAUCUUCUAGGAUAUAAAUUAAGCUGAUCUGAGCAAUAGAUCUAAAGUUAUGACACAAUUUACCCAGCAACCUUCAAAUCCUUGCCUUCCCCCUAAUACAAGAUUUUCAAAAACUUGAAUAAUACAUUUUCUAGUGCUUGGAUUUUCAUGAUUCUUUCAAUAAAGGCUGAAGAACAUUUGCAUGAAUCUUUUAAGACAAAAAUCACGCCGAUCUGAGCAUUAGAUCUGGAGUUAUGAGACAAUUUACCCCGAAAACUUUCAAAUCCUUGCCUUCCCCCAAUACAAGAUUUUCAAAAACUUGAAUAAAACAUUGUCUAGUGCUUGGAUUUUCAUGAUUCUUUCAAUAAAGGCUGAAGAAUAUUUCUCAGAAUCUUUUAAGACAUAAAUCAAGCCAAUCUGAGCAUCAGAACCAAAGUUAUGAGACAAUUUAUCUGGGUACCUCCAAAUUCCUGUGUUCCCGCAAAACAAGAUUUUUAAAAACACUUUCUAGUAAGAUGGAUAUGGGAUGCAAAAGGCUUUUUUCAACUUAUCCUAUACCUUAUUUAAGCAAAAAUUUAAACAUUAUUAAUUGUGUAGGUAUCUGUAUUUUUAUAAUUAACUCUUUCCAUUUUGAUGAGGCAGGGCAUAAAUUAUGCAAGAUUCAUUACCUUUAGUUAGCCUUUGGUAAUAGUAAGGUUUAGGCAUUUAUUUUAGUUAUUUUUAAGCUUAUAUAUACUUACUACUUACUAGAUGAAUUGUAUUUAAUUUUCCUUUUGCAUGCUCAAUUAAGCAAACAGCUAUGCUGCACUUCUCCAAGUAACAAAUAAAGACUUAUUAUAAUUAU